AUGGAUAUCGAAACAAUAAACUUCCCAUUAAGACAGCUACCUCCAGAAAUUUUCCAAAUAGUGCUAUUUCAUUUAUCUCAAGCAUCAAUCAUUUCAUUAUCGAAAACUUGCAGAGCAUUGAAGCAACAAUGUUAUUCAAAACUAUAUGGGAACAUCUACAUCAUUGUCUCAACUUACUGCCGAAGCUAUGAAUUCACAGUGACAAAAAAAAUGAAAUCCAGAAUGACACUGUCCCAAAAUUUCACAGUUAUUAGUGGAUUAUUAAGUUUGAGUAAAUUUGUUACACAUACGUUACCAACUCUGAGAACUUUUGUGACAAAAUUAUAUGUUGACUUCUUAAGUUUUGAUAAGGUUUUGAAUCCAAGAAUAUUUGAUUUGUUAUUUGAUGGUCCUCAUGCUGGUGAUCCUUUAGAUGUUCGAGAUUUUGAAGUUCCAAAUGACAAGUAUUUAAUUAUGGAAGAUAUCAAUAGUGUUCGGAAAUUAUUUCUGAGACAUUUUUUCCUAAGAUUGAGGAAAAUGGAUGGUUACGAAGUUGAAUACUUUAAAAAAAUUGAUAAUCCAUUGUCUUUUAGUGGUGAUUUGAUUUCUUAUUCCACUGUUAUUAACUAUGAAGCCAUGAUUAUAGAUUUGAAUGAAGUUAUUGAUGGUUGUGAGAGAGCACUAGUUUUAGAUUAUAGAACUUAUGAAGCAUGGCCAUUGUUACAACAUAAAGUUACUCAAAAGACAAUUCAUGUCCAUAGAGCUCAUUACAUUGCUCGUGAAUAG